GUAAACUUCAACGAGCCGCUCUCCAUGCUGCAGAGGCUGACGGAGGACCUGGAGUACCACGAGCUGCUGGACAAAGCAGUCAAGUGUGAGAGUUCCACAGAGCAGAUGUGCUUCGUGGCUGCGUUUUCGGUGUCUUCCUACUCGACGACUGUCCACCGCACUGCAAAGCCAUUCAACCCACUGCUGGGGGAAACCUAUGAGCUCGACCGGCUGGAGGAGUUUGGUUUCCGUUCCCUAUGCGAGCAGGUGAGCCACCACCCGCCGGCAGCUGCCCAUCAUGUCUACUCGAAGCGAGGGUGGACGUUGUGGCAGGAAAUCACUAUCGCCAGCAAGUUCAGGGGCAAAUACCUCUCCAUCAUGCCACUGGGCACCAUCCACCUCGAGUUUCACUCCAGUGGGAAUCACUAUGUCUGGAGGAAAGUCACCUCCACUGUUCACAAUAUCAUCGUUGGCAAGCUCUGGAUCGACCAGUCUGGUGAAAUAGAGAUUGUUAACCAUAAGUCAAAAGAUAAAUGCCAGCUGAAAUUUACCCCCUACAGCUACUUCUCCAGAGAUGUCCCCCGAAAGGUGACGGGGGUGGUGAGUGACGCCGAUGGUAAAGCCCACUACGUCAUGUCCGGCACAUGGGACGAGAAGAUGGAGUGCUCCAAGAUAGUGCAGAGCAGCCACGGCAGCACCAGCACAGAGGGCAAACAGAAAACUGUCUACCAGACGCUGUCUCCAAAGGUCCUGUGGAAGAAGUACCCCCUCCCGGAGAAUGCUGAGAACAUGUAUUUCUUCUCUGACCUGGCCCUCACCCUGAAUGAGCCUGAGGAGCGAGUGGCCCCCACAGACAGCCGGCUGAGACCUGACCAGCGGCUGAUGGAGAGUGGCCGCUGGGAUGAGGCCAACGUGGAGAAGCAGCGGUUGGAGGAGAAGCAGCGAGCCGUGCGCCGGAGGCGAGAGGCUGAGGCCGUGGAAGCCCUGGAGGAAGGCAAGGACUACGAAGGCUAUAUCCCACUGUGGUUUGAGCGCAAGGUGGAUGCUGUGACAGGGGAACUGAUCUGUGUCUAUAAGGGCGGCUACUGGGAGGCCAAGGACAAGCAGGACUGGAGUACGUGCCCCGACAUCUUCUGA